AUGGAUGAGAGAGCAGACUCAUCGGAAAAUCACAUCAGCCAUUUCAAUGGCGGCAACUACAUGUUCCAAGGGGAUUUCAUGCCAGAAACCGAAUUCGACAAUUUCAUUUCAACCAUUCGAACCGAGACUGCAGAUCCUAUUGAAAAAUUCUGUUUCGACUACGAAUGCAAUCACUUUACCAACUGCUGCACCGAUUUGCAACUGCCGCCAACGUCGUACGGUCUCAAUCAAUCCGUCAUUGCCGGUGCCGGUGCUUGUACUGAAUUUGGCGGUUACGAUGCGAUGGAUCCGAAUGUGAAUCUGAUUUGGAACCAGGAAGGGGAUCAGGAUUUGAAAGGUUCUGACGUUUACGGAGAUGAUCAUUCGUCGGAGACGGCUACCACCGGAAAUCCAGAUACGCCAGGAAGGAGCGGCGGUGGCACGAAGACAGAUCGGUCGAGAACUUUGAUUUCCGAGCGGAAGAGGAGAAGCGGAAUGAAGGAGAAGCUCUACGCGUUGCGUUCGUUGGUACCUAACAUCACUAAGAUGGAUAAAGCUUCGAUAGUCGGAGACGCUGCACGAUACAUUCAAGAGCUUCAAACGCAAGCGAGGAAUUUAAAGACCGACAUUGCAACAAUUGAAGCUGCGAAAGACCAAAAAUCAUCAUCCCAAAAUUCGAAAAAGAUUCAGAAAUCGAGAUCAUUUCCGUUAUUGAAGAAGAUAUCUAAGAUGGAUAUGUUUCAAGUGGAGGAAAAAGGAUACUAUGUGAGACUUGUCUGCAACACAGGACAAGGUGUCGCGGUGUCGCUCCAUAAAGCACUCGAGUCGAUUACGAGCUUUCAGGUCCAGAGCUCGAAUCUUGCAACUGUUGGUGAUAGUUUUGUCUUGACUUUCACCUUAAACGUUACAGUGUGUGAAUUUGACAUAAACCUGCCAAAUUUGAAGCUUUGGCUUGCGGGGGCUUUUCUUAACCAGGGUUUCGAAUUCACAACGUUUCCCUCAGCCUAAAAAAACAUGACGAAUACGGAGAGUGUGAGUAUUUUUAUUCGCUCUCACACACGCACGUGUAUCAGGAGUUAGUUUUCAUGAUUUCAGUUUUAAUUAAAAUGUAUCAACUACGACAUGUAAUAUUUUUUAACAAGUAAUGUUUUAA